AGCGCGAGGUUCGCUUUACAAGCUCAAUCUAACCCACUCGACUUAAUCCCGUCUUGCCGUCGAUCUCUCGAUCUCUCGCGGGUUGACGCAAUCAAGAAUGCAUUGGCUCACACCGAUUUUGGUGGGGCUGUUCGCCUCGUCCUUAUCAGUGUCUCUGUUGUGCGUGGCUGUGGUGCCCCCGGACGAUGGCAAAUUACGGGUUUGCGUGGUGGAAUCGCACGGCACUUAUCGGAAAACCCCCAAGUUCUGUCCGCAACUGGAGGCAAAGAGCAACAUCGAGUGCGUCAUCGGAGUGGACCGGCUGGAUUGCGUUCGACGCAUCCACAAGGGCACGGCCCACUUUGGCGUUCUCAGCUCCGAGGAUCUGGUGGCGGCUCGAUGGGCUAGCGUAGAGAUCCUGGUCGCCAGCGAGCUGCGUUCGCACGAGUCUAACUUUGAGUACGAAAUCGUGGCCGUGGUGGAUAAUCAAGCAAAUAUUCAUUCGGUUCAUGAUCUCCGACGAGCCAAGUUGUGUCAUCCUGGGUAUGGAUUGGGAAAUCACUGGACAGAGGUUCUCGCUAAUUAUUUUGAGGCCGCUAUGGUUUCUAGGACUUGCAAUCCUGAGCUGACCGUCACCGAGGAUCGCAUUGCCUCCACCUCGAGGUUCUUUGGCCCCAGCUGCAAGGCCGGUCCCUGGGUCCCAGAUCCCAAGCAGGAUCGCAUCCUAAAGGGCCGCUAUCCCUCGCUCUGCGAGAUGUGCUACGAUCCGGCCAGCUGCGAUCAGACCGACAAGCAUUGGGGACGACGAGGAGCACUAUAUUGUCUGACCAGCGGUGGCGGUAAUGUGGGCUGGGCUCGUCUCGACGAUGUUCGGAGUCAUUUUGGGUUCUCUGGCAUUACGGCUCAGGCUAAUCCCUCAGAGUAUAGCUACCUCUGUCCAGACGGGCAUCUGCAACCGAUGAACGCCACACAACCAUGUGUUUGGGUAGCUAAGCCUUGGCCCGUGGUGGCUGCCCGUCGCACCCAUGCCGCCCAGAUCCAACGCUUGGUAACCGGACUAACCCACGAUGAGCCGGACAGUUGGCAGAAUGCGCUGCUCAGUCUGCUGGAGACAUACCAUGUGUUCACGGUGCCGCUGGACAAUGUGAUAUCGAUUGAUGACUACCUGGACCAGGCCACUGCCUUCCAGUCAGCAUACAGCUUCCCGGAAUGCAACCCGCCACGUUCGAUCGUCGUCUGCACAACCUCCAUCAUUGAGCACGUUAAGUGCUCCUGGUUGCAGGAAGCCUCGCAGGUAUAUGGCGUCCAGCCGAACAUUCAGUGUGUGCGCACCAUGGAGUUGGAGCAGUGCCUGGACAACACCAAGUUCAAGGGCACGGAUGUGGUUGUGGUGGAUCAAGAGAUGCGGGUGAAGGCGCAAAGGGACUACAAUCUGGUGCCCCUGCUCUAUGAGUUCGCCGAGGACAUGCACAAUAGGUAUGUGACCAUUGCCUUGGUUCACAAGGAUGCCAAGAUCGAGAGCUUUAAGGAUCUGCGCGGAACAAGGGCCUGCUUGCCAUCGUACGAGGGAGCCGCUCAUCUUGCCGUCCUGGAAACCAUAGUGAAUGCCACCGGCAAAGUGCACUCGCUGAGCUCCUACUUCCACCGCGACUCCUGCCUGUGGCAUCCGCAUCAGGGCCGGCAGUGUCCGCUGCACUACCAGGGCGACGAAGGCGCCCUGCGCUGCCUAGCCGAGGGUGGCGAGGUGGCGUUCCUCAGCUCCGAUGUGUACAAGAAGUACGUGAGUGGCAAUCUCACCGCCGACUGGGUGAUGCGCAGCAACCAUAAAGGCUUCCGCGUCCUGUGUCCCUACGGAGGCAUCGAAAAGCGCUCCAGCUUUAAGUACUGCUACCUGCACUGGACCACCCGUGGCCACCUAAUGACGCACAAUUCUUCGCUGACACGGCACAACGAGAUCUACAACUCGCUGAGGGACAUGGAUCAAUUAUUUGGCCGGAAGUAUAAGAGCGAAUCGUUUACGCUCUAUGGCAUCUUCGAUAACAGGAACAAUAUCUUGUUCCGGGACACAACGGAUGGACUGCUGGGUCGGCAGGAGCUGCACCGGGACAAUGCCAAACGGGUAAUGGAGCACAUCUACGAUCGGUAUGCCACAACGCAGUACUACAAAAGCUUUGAGGAGAGUGGAGCCAUGAAAUACGGGCAGGACAGUGCAAUAAUGAUUUUGCUGCUGUGUUUACUGGGAACGCUGUGGACGCGAUUCGUCUAGUGAUUAGGCACACAACCAAGCUCAAAUCUAAUCUUAUUUAUUGUGAUAUUACGCUAAAUUUAAGUUAAGAAUAAAAAGUAGCUUCAAGCAGGGCUGUAUCACCAAUUUAAA